CUCCACUGAAAUCGGUUGUGUGCUGUGCUCCAGUGAAAAGUCCCCGAAGUUAACAAUAUUAUCACCUUAAAAGCGGCGUCUCAAACAAAACACAAAUACGCAGCACUGCUAAAAAGACAAACAACGGGGCUAAACCGAAAAACAAAAAAAGAAGCAAAAGACCAAAUGAACAGACAGGCAGUCAAUUGAAAACAAAUAGUACAAUGAAGUUUUAUUUUUGGAUCAGUUAGACUCUCGACAAGUAAAGAUAUUUAGUGCGGCGGAACUACAAGAGCAGAAGCACCCAUUUAAAAUUACCACAGUAAAUUGAAGAUAUAUAUACGCGUUUAUAUAUUGAUUCAGCCUUUGGACUUUGGACGAAGUGCUCACGUGAAACAUGGCCAAGUUAAUCAUAAUUUGCCUCCUCUUACGGAUUCUAAAAUCAUUUGCUAUGCCCAUUAUUGACCCAGAUAGUAUAGAUGACUCCCCCGCUUGUCCACCUUGUGAAAAUGACUUUCCCACCUGCUACAAAGUGAUCGUCGAGGUUGAAAGGGGGAAUGGAAUGCCCGGUAGCUGUUGUCCUCGCUACGAAUGCCUCGAUGAGGAACCUGUCUGCGAUGUGUCCAAACGGAGAUUCUAUAAGAACAAAUGCACUGUGUGCGAUCCUUGCGAUCCGUUGGCCAUUCAAUGCAAGGAAACAUGUCCAAUCGAGGAACUGGAACCCAAUUGUUGGUUGCCUGACAUUAAUGAGUACAAAAGAAAUGGUGAUGUUUGGCUGGAAAACAAUGGUUGUUAUAACUGCAUUUGCGAUGGUGGAAAAGUCUCCUGUAAUGCUGUUCAGUGCCGUCACGUAUAUCUGUGCAGCAAUCCCAUUAAGGUCAAGGGAAUAUGCUGUCCGAUUUGUCCGGAAGAACUCGGUGUGAGUAACGAUAUCUUCGGCGAUAGUAAUCACGAGUAUAGAAACUCCACUUCAGCUUCAAUUUUGGACAAAAGUGAAUCCCCCAGUUCAGAGAGUAGCUCCACUGUGCCAACAGAAAUUUCUGAUUCCGUUCCAAGCACAAAGGGUUCAGUCAGUAGCCCAUCUACAUCAUCUGAAAUGGCCACAUCCACUCGAAAUACAAGUGAAGUAUCCAGUUCCACAGAAUAUUCAAUUACAGAUUCCAGUUAUGAACAAUUUGGAGGUUUUGGCACUUCCGAGUCGCCGGAUCUCAAACCCGACUCAGAAGAACAAGAAACUAGUUCUGAUUCUCCUAUUGAGACUACCACAAAUCCAACCACGUCCGACGAUCUAGAAACUUCCUCAGUUUCAAGCACUUUCAUUGAACUUCCCACUUCAACAGAGGAUGGUAUCACCAAAAUGUCUUUUAAUGAUGAUAAUAGAGCACCAAAAGCGAUUGAUGAGCCCACUGUGAUCUUAGUUACUGCAUCUAACUUCUCAGUGGCAACUGAUAAUCCCAUCACGAAUCAACCUGCUGUCCCCGAAUCCACCAGUCAAAUUAAGGAUCUCAACAGCAUGGAGAUCCAACAAAUAACAUAUCCCUACGCAGAGGUGCCCCAGGAGCACAUCCAAACCGAUUGGCCGUGGGAAUGCGUAGUUGUAAUGGUGUUAGUUAUAUUUUUAGUGUUGAUAUUUCUUUAUGCCAUCGUGAAGAGAUAUUCCAUAAGCAAAAAAUACCAUGCCAUACCAUUAAAUCCAGUUCGAAAGUUAAAUGACACUGAAAAAACAAAGGCGGAGCAGAAGUUGUGAUUCCUACACAGAGAAUAUGAUAGUUCCAGGCUGCCAUCUCAGUUUAUCAGUUCGUGUUUUCUCUGUGUGAAUUCCAACAUCCUGCAGACUGAUUUUUGAUCUUAAAAAUUAUACCAAAAUAGUGGAAGAAGUCUGCAUGUUAAUACUACUUAGGAAAAGAAACUAUACUUUGUCGUCCUUCAAGAGAUAAGCACACAAUUUGAUCUUUAAACUAUGCUCAAAUCAAUAAAUAAAGCGAUUAGGUUUAGCAGUAGGAGUUAAGCAUUUAAGAAAUACAUUAUUAAUUAUAAUUGGAAAGUAUUAGUUUGAUUGUAAAUUAUAAUUACUGUACAACCAGAAUUGUCGCAUUAGAGUGAUUACACAUCAAACGCUCGCACUCAUAUAAUUUUAAAUUAUUAUACCGAACACUCAUCAACUACAUUCAUUCCAAAGCAUAAAAAAUAAAGAAAAAGAAACCAAAGCUAAACGAAA